AUGUAUCCAUUACGAAUUUUUCUUGCAAUUGGUCUAUUUUCAACAUUUCUACUAAUUUCAAAUGGAGCAAGUCUUUUACAUAGAAGACCUGGUUCUUGGAUAACUAAAGAGAGUGAUGAUUUCAAUAUACAAUUAGAGCUUAAAUUUGACGAAAGCAGUGCCAGUAGCGAAGAAAGCGAUGAAACAAAGCCAAAGUCAAAAUUUUAUAAAGAACAUUCUGAUGAAGAUUAUCGAUCAAAGGACGGAAGCAAUCAACAAAUUAUUGAAGCUUCUAAAUCUAAUGAAAAUCUAAAAGAAUCAAACAGUCAUAGUGUUGAACAAAACGACAGCGAUGAAGAUUAUGAUCGCUCAGAUGCUACAAGAUUCGAUAAAGAUGAUCACCGUAUGAUUUUACAAACUAGCGAUGAACGUUGA